AAUCUAAAACAAUCUUUGCCAUUACCGCGGCCAUCAUUAGUCCACAUAUAAACAUCCGGUAUUUCCUCGCACGUUUGUAAAUUUCAUUGCAAUUUUGUAGGAGGUUUUUUCAGCUACUAAUACCAGCUUAUUAUUCGGUGUAUGUCGGAUUUACUUGGACUAAAAAAUCAUGGCAGCAAGUGUAGAGAUUAAACAAGAACCUGUCGAAGGUGUAGAUUUGGAAACAAGAAUAAUCAAUUUAUGUCAACAGAAUCCAAGUGGUAUAAAUGAAGAAACUAUAAAAGAUGACAUGCCACAAUUUGAUGUAAAACAAAGAGUUACAGCUAUAAAUCGUCUAUUGUCUACUGGAAGAUUAGAAAUUUUCAAGAGUGGAAGUAAAUUAAUCUAUAGAAUAAAAGAUGGACAAUCAACAAAUAAUCAAUUAAAGGGAGGGGAUAAUCAAGAGAAGCUAGUGUAUCAGAUCAUAAAAGAAGCUGGCAAUAAAGGUAUAUGGAUAAGAGAUAUUAGAUAUAAAUCAAACUUAUUGAUGACACAACUUAACAAGAUUUUAAAGAAUUUAGAGAGUAAGAAACUUAUUAAAGCAGUAAAAUCUGUUGCUGCAUCUAAGAAGAAAGUUUAUAUGUUGUAUAAUCUUGAACCAGAUAGAUCAGUUACUGGUGGAGCUUGGUACAGUGAUCAAGACUUUGAAUCAGAGUUUGUGGAAGUAUUAAAUCAACAGUGUUUUAAAUAUUUACAACAAAAGGCAAUAACAGCAGCAGAGGGAAAAAGUGACCCAGUGGCACAGAAAAAUGGUUCUUAUGCUUCAUCAUCAGAAAUUUGGACCUUUAUAUCAAAGCUUGGUAUCAGCAAGGUUCAGUUAGCUGUAGAAGAUAUAGAAACAAUAUUAGAUACUUUAGUAUAUGAUGGUAAAGUGGAAGAAUCAUUUCUAGAAGCACAAUCAGGAGAUAAAAAACGUCUGUAUAGAUCAAUUAAACCACUUAUAGAAACAGCAGGAUUAAUGAGAAUGCCCUGUGGUUCUUGUCCAGUUGUUGAUCAGUGUCGUGAAGGUGGUGUGAUAUCUCCCAUAACCUGUGUUUAUAUGAAAGACUGGUUGUCAUAAUUUUACUUUUUUAAAAUGUGUAAAUAAAGUUAUUUAUUAAAAUUAUUAGGGUUUUUUUUGUUACCCGUCAAAUUUACUUUGAUGGUUUUAUUUUUCUACGCCCACAUUGAAAUGUGGUUGUAUACUCGUAUAUUGUCGUCGCCCCCGUACGUUGGUCUGGCGUCCACAAUUGCUUGUGGAAGCUCUAAAGGCUAAACUUAAAGGACAAUAUUGGUGUCAGUCAUUAUUACAUAUGUGAUGGAACUGGUUGAAUACAUUCCAAAUAUAAUUUUAACACAGAGAUCAUUGCUACGGGAGACGUGUAACAAGUACG